UCUUGAUCAAUCUAAUCAAAUGGAAGCUAAAGUGGACAACCAAUCAGUACUGGUAACUGAUCAUGAUCAUAAUAAUAUUGAUCGCAACGAUAAACCCGUAAUGUAUAGACGAGAGUUGGUUUGGAGAAACAUUGUAUUAAUAACUUCAUUACACAUAUCGGCGGUUUAUGGCCUGUAUUUGGCCAUAACUGUCGCUCAGUUUAAGACUAUUGUGUUUAUGAAUUUCAUUAGUAUUCUCACCGCAUUCGGCAUUCAAGCCGGUUGCCAUAGGCUGUGGUGUCACCGCACAUAUAAAGCUAACCUUCCGCUUAAGAUAAUACUAAUGGUAUUGCAAACAAUGGCCUUUCAAAAUGACAUCUAUGAGUGGAGUCGUGACCAUCGGUUGCACCACAAGUACAGCGACACCGACGCCGACCCACACAACUCCGGGAGGGGUUUCUUCUUCUCACACGUCGGUUGGCUUUUGUGUAAAAAACAUCCGGAAGUGAAGGAAAAGGGAAAGACUAUAGACAUGAGUGACAUCGCUUCCGACCCUAUUGUCCGAUUUCAACGCGCAUUUUAUAUACCCUUAUUGGCACUCAUUUGGGCCGCAAUUCCCACUUUUAUACCCCAUUAUUAUUGGGGCGAAACCCUAUGGAACUCAUGGUUUGUGUGCGUUUUGCUACGGUAUUGCGUAGUUGUAAAUAUAACAUGGUGCAUUAAUAGUGUAGCUCACUUUUAUGGAAUGAAGCCGUACGAUAACAGUAUAAAAGCGGUUGAGGCGCAUAUGAGACAUUAUUUUAAUGGCGAAGGAUAUCAUAACUAUCACCACACGUUUCCCUGGGAUUACUCGGCCUCAGAGUUGGGAGCGAUCGAUACGUUCAAUCCGGCGACGGCUUUCAUAGACAUGUUUGCGGCCAUCGGUUGGGCCUAUGAUCUGAAGAAGGCGUCCAAUGAUGUGAUAAAGAGUCGACAGACCAAAAGUGGUGACACAAGCUAUUCAUUCAAAUCCCGACUUUCAGAGCAAAUCGUCGGUUUAACUGUAAUGUUUGGUCCACUUUGGGUC